UCGUCCCUAGGCCCCGCCGCCUUGCCCUUGCCCGGGCCGCCCGCGUAGAUCUCCGUCCAAUACCGCGCCGUCUCCUCGAAGCUGCUCUUGCUGGUCAUGAAGUGCUUCGCGACCUCGGCGUCCUGGGGGUCGCGCGGCUCGGGCGAGCAGAGGAGCGACUGGAGGGAGAUGAGCGUGGAUUUGAGCGUGAGCACGGGGCUCCAGGCGUCCUUGAGGAUGUCAAGGCAGAUCGCGCCCGACGCGGAGGAGACGUUCGGGUGGUAGAUUUUCGUAAUGAACUUCAUCUUGACCGGCUGGAACGGGUAUGAAUCGGGGAUGACGAUGUCCUGUACAAGGGGGCGCUGGUUACUGGGUUGCAGGUGAGGAUGCGGGACGGGAGGGACGUACGACCUGGAAGUGGCCGCCCUCGUAUGGGGUGUCCUCAGGGCCAUCGAACGAGCCUAUUAGGUGGAACGGCGAGUUGUCGACGAGAUCGAUCUCGAUGUUCGAGGACUUGUCGUUCUUGCAGUCUGGCUGGAAUGUAUGAGGUGCAUCAUGGGGCUACCGAGGGCCUCGUUUGGUACGCACCCGCGAUCUCCUUGUUCACGCGACGAAGCCUGGCGUCCAUGUUGGAUCUGCAGGCCGGGGUGGUGCAAUGGCGGUAUGCGAGCACUGGUGGGACGUUUGAGCACCGAGGAUGGCAAGAGUAUGGUACACCGGAAGACCACAAGCGCCCAAGGAGACGCGACUACCCGGGCCGGCCGGCUAUGGCGUUCACUGCGUGUGCUCCGAAAAUGUUCCUCGCCUCCACUGCUCUCAGAAUUUUCGAAGUUCAAAAAGAUUGGGCAGCCCGCGGUGUCCUGUGCGGGCGGCUCGCGGCAUGGCCGGACUUGAGGGUUACAUAUGAUACCCAGUCCGGUGCGCAUGUCACGGUCUUCCUUCGUACCUCUCGGUCAGCCACGGAGACGACCAUCUUCCAGCCGACCGUACACCGAGGUAGGACACCCGGAGAGCCUGAGGACACCCGGAGAGGGGAUGAACCUGGAUGAACAUAGCAGUCGCAACGCUGGUGUAGCGUUGCGAUGUCUGGCGGGAACACAGCGUAGAAUGGCGCUCAGAUACUGUUUAAAUACUCUUGUUACAAAGAUAAACCCAGGAUAAUGCGUGUUCGUUUAGAAGUGUAAGCAACAGCUUACAAAUCUAUAGCUUAG